AUGGUUUCCUACGUUAGAGGUCCUCUUUACAAAUCAGUUAAGUCCAUUGGUGGAUUGAACUUCCCAUUAUUCAAGACUUACUUACCAGAUUUAAUCUUGUGGGGUGGUGCUGCCGGUGCUGGUGUUGCUGUUUUCACUGAAGGUGUUCCAUUGUUCAAGAACACUUUUUACACCAAGAUCCCAUACUUUGGUUCUUACUGGGAAUACAAUCCAGACCCAGAAGAUGUUCCAAUCUAA